GCUUCCGGUUCCGGGCCCUAGGCUGCUGUUGGGAGGACUAUGGCGGCCUGGGAAGCUAUGGCGAAUAGCCACUCAGAAGACAGCAGUGCUUUGGACCUUCCAUCAGCAUGUGACAUAAGAGAUUAUGUCCUGCAGAGACCCAGUGAAAAGGCCAACAGCGAGGCUUUUAGUUCUGUGGAAUUAUUUUCUUUGCCUUGCUCUUCUGAUAUGGAUCCAGACACCAGUAAUCCAAACAUUGAACCAAGUGACUCCCGGGCCUCUGAGAACUUCUGGCUGGACCAUUCUGUAAAAAGCCAGCCAGUGACCAAAGAAGACAGUGAUGGACUUCGGGAAUCCCUGGAUAGAUUCUACGAAGGAUUUGGCCGUCUGCAGCCAGCCUCUGAGAAUCCACUUUCUGCAUCUGUGUGCCAGUGCUUGUCUCAAAAAAUCAGUCACCUGAGAGACCAGGAGAGCCAAAAGUACGUCCUCCGCAGUUUUCAAAUGGCCCAAGUCAUCUUCAGCCGGGACGGCUGCUCAGUCUUAGAGAAGCAUUCCAGGGAUCUCCACUUCUACCCACUGGAGGAAGGAAGUACAUCUCUGGAUGAUGAAAAGCCAAUUCCAGGCCUUUCCAAAGAUAUUAUUCAUUUCCUCUUGCAGCAGAAUGUGGUGAAAGACUGAUAGUUGGUACCUGGCAGAGUGCGCAGGUAGGCCUGGAGGGGCAGCACCAUGGCAGGUCCUGCUGGUGGGCCACCCAGCUCCCCUGGGGUCUCUUGUCAGCUCUGUGUACCCAAUCCCAACUCAGUGCUUUGUGACCUGUGACCUGGUAUUGGAGCCAGUUGGCCUAUACAGAGAGCCAGCAGGGUCUGGGAGUUGGAUGUCCCCGUGGCUGCCCCACCCACAACUCCCCUUGGCCAAGGCCACCAACUACAGAGGUUCGGAGUCAACUGCCCAGCUUGCCUGCCUCAAGAAAUGAGGUGUCAUUUAUCCUCCAGAGCUCCCUCCCCUCCUGAUCAGGCUGAGGCCGGACUUUACAUUAACUACGCCUUUGCUGGGCUUCCUCCACUCCUGUUCAUGCACUGGUGUGUCCAGGACCUUCUCCUUAAUAACCUCUUAGAUCUGAAUCCUUCACUCAGCACCUUCUGGGAGAACCCGACCUACGAUAAGAGGUUGUUAUGAGAUGAGGUUUUGGAAGUAAAAGACUGACACCACGUUGUAAAAUUGAGGCUGUGUGAUGGAUGGGGUUUUGUCUUUAAAUGUGGUUCCAAAAAGUACAUCACAUCUUAAUCACACUUAUCCUGCUUCCUCUCUUAAGCCAGAAUUCCCUGCUUUAUCCUACCAGCUAGAUGCAGAAGGAAUGUUUGGACCAUCUACAAUAACAGCUAAAAUUUACAAAAUUAAAAAAAAACAAAAAAAACUCUUUGCCUCCACCAGAUGCAAAUGUGAAAGGUGAGCAGACAAAUGUGCCCCACCCACCAAAGCCUGCGCAAUAAGCACAGUACCCAGUUCUGAUACUUGAGGCUGUCAGUUUGAUGGUGAAGAGGAUAAGGAAUCCUUUACCCAGGUGGGGUCCUCCUUCCUCUCAUUAUUCUUGUCUUCUGCCUGCACACUGCAAGCAAGCUGUGUCACCCUCUGAGCAGGUGGCCCUCACCCUUUGCCUUGGUCCUUGCCUCCAACACCCUGGGCUCCCCUCUGGUAAAGCCUGCUCACAUCAGGGCCACUCUUCCACUCAGUCCCUGUCCUUCAGGGCUGAGCCCUGCCUUGCCAGGGAGUUCAGUCAAUAGCCAGUACAGGCUUGCCGGCAGAUGCUCAGCUCUGUGGGUCGUGUCCUGAACCCCCAUUUGAGACUCAGCUUGGUGGAAUUACAUCACCUGGCACCAGGCUUUCCGAAACUGCAAUCGGAAGCCUCAUGCUAAUCCCUACCUGGACAUUCCUCCAAACAGAUGACAUUGACAGAAGGGGUUAUUUUGCUCGUUUGGGGGAAACAAAAGAAGCUGGCAACCCUGUGCAAUUAGAUUUUGAGAAAAUUGAGGUGAAAUUUAAUUGGUCUAAGACUCCAAAAGCUUUCCAGAAAAUGGAUUAUGCAAAUGGAUCAACCUAAAAGUGUUGACCUGGGACUCUUGGAUGGAGAGAGGCGCCUUUUAAAGGUUAAAAAUGACAUGCUCAGGCCUCUGGUGUGGGAAGAUCAGAGGUAAGAAACAAUGUUCCAUACUGAAAUGUAAGGCACUCCUGGAAGGGGACCCCCCUGCUAGGAAAUGGGGAACAAGUAGGUCUUGGGGAGACACUUGAGGAAACCUGACUCCAGCUUUUUUUCUGACAAGCAAUCAUCUUGCUUGUUUCACGUGGGCUACUUGUAUUCAACCGGCCCCCAAAUAAUCUUAAACCCAGUGGGACUUAGAAUUUAAAAUCUGACAACUAAAUUUUAAGGUUGCUAGUUUUAUUAUUUUUUAAUGUGAAGUAUAUUAAUACUCUUGGAGAAUGCUGUCGUUCUUAGUAUUAUCCAAUCACUGAAAUAUUUGUACCUAGUCGUCUCCAUGGCUACCAACUGAAUGAAACUGGAUUAUUUUAUACUGUUUUCAAAGGCUGUUGGAAUCUCCAUGUUGAAAAGCAGCAGCAUGGCGGCGCCUGUGGCUCAGUGAGCAGGGCGCCGGCCCCAUAUACCAAGGGUGGCAGGUUCAAACCCAGCCCCGGCCAAACUGCAACAAAAAAAUAGCUGGGCAUUGUGGCGGGUGCUUGUAGUCCCAGCUACUCGGGAGGCUGAGGCAGGAGAAUCGCGUAAGCCCAGGAGUUGGAGGUUGCUGUGAGCUGUGUGACGCCAUGACACUCUACCGAGGGCAAUAAAGUGAAACUCUGUCUCUACAAAAAAAAAAAAAAAAGAAAAGCAGCAGCUACUGUUUCAUGGAGAGAUUUUAGUGCAGGAAAUUUUGUAAUCUUCACUAAUGUUAGUGCUGAGGGCGUUCUCAGAAAGAGGUAAACUCUGAAGGCCAAGAAUUUAGAGGUCUAAAAGCCACCUUAGGGUGGAAGAGUGUGGUGUGUGUUUACUUGCAUCUGAGUAAGUGUUUUUGACAGAUCAGUACAAGAUAUUUGGUUCCUGCCUCCUCACUCCUUAAUUUGAUCUCUGUGAGGUUAGGAUGGCAUUUUCUAUUUAUCUCUGUAAACCUUUAAUAAAGACUGAGGAUAAGGAUUCUGAGGCUCGGCCUUUAGCGUUAGUGUUUAAUUCUGCCCUGCAGAUAAAUUCACCAGCAUCCUACCAUCCCAUGAAUGUUAUGACUGGCUUGUGAUGUUUUCAUCUGUGGCCCUUCUCAUACUGACUGGAGUCUUGGUGAGGAUGGAUUUGCCGGCAGAAACAUUAGAACUCUAUAGGAGAGAGCUGCUGGGGUGUCUUAAAUUCAUAUGUCAUUAUCCAUCUUGUUAGUCUAUUUCUUUGCAUAGCUUAUGUAAGGGCGCAGAUAACAGAUAUUAUUACCAGUAAUUAGCAAAAAAAAAAAAAAAACCUCUACCUUUAAGAAUUUUUACUGGAUUAUAGUAAUUACGCGGAAAAGUACAUAUACAGAUAUCAUAUAAGUGAACAACUCAAUGAUUUUCACAAACUGAACAAACACACCAGCAUCCCGAUGGAGAAACAGACAUUAUAGAUAGUACCAGUCCAGCCCAGGCAACCCCCUGUAACUGGAGAUUUUCUUUUUUUGUUGUUGUUGCAAUUUGGCCGGGGCUGGGUUUGAACCCGUCACCCUCGGUAUAUGGGGCUGGCGCCCUACUCACUGAGCCACAGGCGCCGCCCGUAACUGGAGAUUUUCAUCUGGACAACUGGUAGGAACAAUUUGUUCUGACCAGUAUUUCUCAACCUGCUGACAGCACACAAAAUAAUUUCAGAUGCUACCUGGACAAUGUUUAUUUUAAUUGUUAAUCUAUUCAGUUAAAAUUAUAUAGGAUAAGCUUAACAUACGUAUUUGAGAUUUAAAAUUAGGCUGAAUUAAUGAAAAAUUAAAUCAAUAAAUUAAUAAUUUAAUAAAUCAAAUUAAUAUUGCAUAGAUAUGUCAAAAAAUUACAAAAGUUGUAUACCUGGAAAUGACUGAAGUUUGGACUUCAGUGGGAAAGAUAAUCCAUCCUACCCUGCUCGUCUUUUCUACUGCAAGAAACUUCCAUUGGGUCAACUCGUAUCUACCUUUGCCUCUCUUAUCUGGAGCCAUAAUGCAAAUUAUUUUUAAAAGCUAAACAUGAAUGGCCAAGAAAUUAGAAAGGAUUAGACUUAUCAAAUAUGAAAAUAUUUUUAACAGUAUAAUAAUUAAAGCAGAAACAAAACAAAAAUGCAGGAUGUCUCAAAGGUCACCCAUACAUAGAAAAAUCAACAAAUUCAUAUUUUAUAUUUUUAAUUUUUUUUUUUUUUUGUUUGUAGAGACAGAGUUUCACUUUAUCACCCUCGGUAGAGUGCCGUGGCGUCACACAGCUCACAGUAACCUCCAACUCCUGGGCUUAGGCGAUUCUCCUGCCUCAGCCUCCCGAGUAGCUGGGACUACAGGUGCCCGCCACAACGCCCGGCUAUUUUUUUGUUGCAGUUUGGCUGGGGCCGAGUUUGAACCCGCCACCCUCGGUAUAUGGGGCCGGCGCCCUGCUCACUGAGCCACAGACGCCACCCUAUAUUUUUAAUUUUUUAUAUUUCAACAUGUAGAGAAAUAUUUUAUAAAUAUUUAUAAAAAUUUUUAAUGAAUAUUUUGUAAAUAAAGCUACAUGUAGCUGCAAUUGCCCAUUUUUUCUGUAUAUGUAUGGCCAUCUUUGGGAUACCCUGCAGAAAAAGGAAAAGAGUUGAGUCCAUAAAUAGAUAUACAAGCAUAUAGAGAAACUUAGUAUAGGAUGAAGGCAGCAUUUCAGAUCUACAAGGAAAAGAUAGAGUUUUUAGCAGGUGGUCUUCAAAUCAUUGUCACACAUUGGGGAAGAGAGAGUAAAUGGCUGGAUUCUCACCCCACUUCUUAUGUCAAAAUGAAUGUAUAAUGAUUUAAAAAUUUCAAUGUAAGUCCAGGUGUGGUGGCUCAUGCCUGUAAUCCCAGCAGUCUGGGAGGCUGAGACGGAAAGGUCGCUUGAGGUUAGAAGUUUGAGAGCAGCCUGAGCAAGAGUGAGACCCCGUCUCUAAAAAAAAAAAUUCAAUGUAAAAAAUAUAAUCAUAAAAAUGCUAGAAUAAAACUCAUGUGAUAUAGACACAUAAGUAGAGAUAUCUAGUUAUCUUGAAAUAGGGAAGAUUUUUUUUAGAAUGAUACAAAACCUAAAAAUCAUAAAGGACAAAUUUGAUGAAAAUGACUGUCUAACCACAAACUAGAUCGAAACUAGGAAAAAUAAUUUGAGCACACCCAACAGAUAGACCUUUCCUUCAACAAACAAAAUUCGGGUGGCGCCUAUGGCUCAAGGAGUGGGGUGCCGGUCCCAUAUGCCAGAGGUGGCGGGUUCAAACUCAGCCCCGGCCAAAAACCACAAAAAAAAAAUUAAAAAAUCAUAAAAAUCAGUAGAGAAACAACCAAAUAGAAAAAUUGGCAAAGACAUGAACUGGUAGUGGGGGGAAGAUAGAUAGAUAGAUAGAUAGAUAGAUAGAUACCCCGUUUCCCUGAAAAUAAGACAUCCUCCGAAAAUAAGACCCACUUACAGGAAAGAAAAGACGUCCCCUGAAAAUAAGACCUAGCGCAUCUUUGGGAGCACACCUUAAAAUAAGACACUGUCUUAUUUUCAGGGAAACAGGGUAGAUACACAUACAUACAUAUAUAUAUGGUUGAUAAACAUGAAAUCAUGUACAACUACAUUCAAACACAAAACUGCAAUUUAGACCACCAAUAGAUAUCCUUUGUUAUUUUUUGUUGGUUUUUGUUUCUUGAUCUUUGUAUUUUGGAGGACAGUAAAAGGUCAGAAGGAAUGUAGCAUUGGCCAGAGUGCCGGGAAACAUGUUCACUAUCAGUGGGAAGGUAAAUUGGGGAAACCUUCCUCAGGGCAAUUUGGCAGCCUCUAUCAAAAUCAUAAAAGCCUGGCUUCUCUGACCCACCAAUUCAUUCAUCCCACAACUAGGACUGAGUACAUUCCAUAGCUGCGGUUCAUUCAUCCCACAACUAGGACUGAGUACAUUCUAUAGACCUUCCAGACCUGGAAGGUCUCCUGCUAGUGAGUGGUGACAAAAACAAAGUCAUUUCAAAUAGAAGUGCUCCGAGAUGAUAAAAGGUGAUGCGGCACUCUGGACUAUUGGUCUGAGGGACACUCUGGAGAAGGGGCAUUUGAACUGAAAUCUACAGAAGUCACAAGAGCCAGCCACACAAAGUGUAUCACAUCCAGAGAGAGGGAACAGCAGGUGUAAGGUUAGCAAUAAAACACAACCUGGGAUGAGUUUGAAGUGUCUGUACAGAAGAGUCCCAUGUGGCUGGAGCAGAGUCCACUGAGAGCAGAGUGGGAGAUGAAUUUCAGAAGCAGGCUGCACUCUUCUAGGCCAGGGUAAGGACCUUGAAUAUUCUUCUUUUUUUUUUUUUCUUUAGACAGAGUCUCACUAUGUCACCCUCAGAAGAGUGCUGUGGCAUCACAGCUCACAGCAACCUCAAACCCUUGGGCUUUAAAUGAUUCUCUUGCCUCAGCCUCCCAAGUAUCCGGGACUACAGGCGCCUGCCACAACACCCGGCUAUUUUGUUGUUGUUGUUGUGGUUGUCAUUGUCGUUUAGCCAGCCCAGACCAGGUUUGAACCCUCCAGCCUUGGUGUAUGUGGCUGGCACCAUAACGACUGUGCUACGGGCGCCAAGCCACCUUGAAUAUUAUUCUAAGGCAGUGGGAAGUGACUUUAAGAUUUUAAGCAAGAGAAUAAGAAGACAGAUGGUCAUAUUCAUGGAAAUUUAGUAUGUGUCAAGCAUAAUAUCUUUGCCAUAUGUGAUGGCUCCCACCUGUAGUCUGAGCCACUCAGGAGGCUGAGGUAGGAGGAUUACUUGAGCCCAGGAGUUCGAGGCUGACCUGGGCGACAUAGUGAGAGUUUGCCUCUAAAUAAGCGAAUGAAUGAAUGAAAAACAAUGUUGAAAGAUAUGAGUCAAAUUUGGAGAAGAAAGUUUGCUCCAGACAUUAACAAAAAAGAGUUUAAUGCCACAAUAUAUGAAGAGCUUUGCUAAAUAAAUGCUGAAAUGGCAAACAAAUAGAAAAAUGAAUGAAGAAUAUGAAUAGGCAUUUCACAAUAGAACUGCAGAUUGUCAAGAAAUAUGAACAGGGCGGCGCCUGUGGCUCAGAGGGGUGGGGUGCCGGCCCCAUAUGCCAGAGGUGGUGGGUUCAAACCCAGCCCUGGCCAGAAACUGAAAAAAAUAAAAAAUAAAUAUGAACAAAUGCUCAAACUAUGUCAUAAGGAAAUGCAGUAUUAUUUAUUUAUUUAUCUUUGGCUCUCACUUUGUCAUCCUGGCUAGAGUGCGGUGGUGUCAUAGCCCACAGCAACCUCAAACUCUUGGGCUUAAGCGAUCCUCUUGCCUCAGUAGCUGGGACUACAGGCAUCUGCCACAAUGCCAGGCUAUUUUUUAGAGCUGGGGUGUUGUCUUGCUCAGGUUGGUCUUGAACUCAUGAGCCACUCUGCCUGGCCUAGAAAUGGAGUUUUUAAAAGAUGUCACAAUUUUUAAUUUUAUAUGGUUGGCAAAAAAUCGAAACCUUCGUUCCUAGCUCGUGUGGACAAAGUUGUGGGGAUGUGGGCACCCUAAUACAAACAUGUGCAUCACGUUUGUAAUUAAAUUAAUGGCUGAAACAUUACAAAUGUUGACUGACCUUGCCACAUAAAGCCUUCCUGUGCUUAUCUCUUUGCUGUUGUGUUAGCAGCAGCCUCUGCCCACAUGCUGCCUCCUGAAACAACAUGUUUUAAGAUAGAAGAGUUGAGUGCUUGUGAUCAUUAAGCGUCAGCCAUCAUCACUUCAGACACCACGGUUACCAUUUUAUGGAUGUAUAAACUGAGGCAAAGAGAUAUCGACAAGCAGUAGAGGUUGUGCCCACGCUUAAGUCCCUGGUUAGGGAUUCUGCCCCUGCUGGCACCUCAUGGCCACUCCAGUGGCUGUUUGUUCUGCCUGGAUGGUCUCUUUCUUGGAGACCACUUCUUCACCCCCUUUCUUUCUGUCCCAUCAACACUGGGAAGGUGUCCCUUUUGUAUACUCUGCCAGCACCACGAGCUUCCCUUCCUAAUUUAAUUACACCAAACAAAUGUGAUAACAUAGUGCAUGGUUUGAGUCUCCUCCUACCUCCCCAUGUCCCACCCCUGCCAAAGCCGUGAGAGCUCUGUCUUGUGUGCCUGCGCCUGGCACACCCAGUCCGUCAGGCACUAAUGCUCAAAUAUUUGUGUUUAUCAAACAAAAUGUAGGAAGAUGACCUUAUUUUUUUGAGAUACAUGCUGGAGGAUUUAGGGGUAAAAUAUCUUAAUACCUCUAAUUUACUUUAAAAUACUUCAAAAGAAGCAAAACGAAACAGACACGAAUUUUGUGUGCAUGUUUGUGUAUAUCCAAGUGACAAGCCACCUUUCUUUUUGCUGCAUUUUGACUCCAAAUAGUUGUUUAAUCUUUUUCCUCUCUCUAUUCCUGUUCCCUCAGGCCACUUUGCAGGGCUUGGCUCUCUUGGGGCCAAUUGUCUAGGAGAGAAUUGUCUUCCCUGUGGGGGUGAGAACUCAGUUCUCAUGGGUCAGGCCACAUUCAGAGAUGAGCCCUUUGGGAUAGAUGAUUCUCUUGGCAAAUACGCUAUGGACCAGACCAGGCCUCUUUGCUUAUCGGAAUCCCAUAGAACUUAUUCAUUCUCUCAUUGCUUUUUUCUUAAAUCCCUGAGAGCAUCAGAGAUGGCAACUGAACUGAGAAUUCUCCAAAUCCUCCCAAGUGAAUCCUUUCCAUCUGCUGCCUCAAUGGGCAGCGUAUUCAUGGAGGACUGGAGAUUUAGCAUCUCUGCCCUCUCCGGUAUUUUCUCCGCUGCUUCCUUCAGCUUUUGCAGCUUCAUGUCACAUGCCUUAAGCCCACUUUAUUAUUUCAUGAGAAUGUAAUUCAUGUAUAUUCAAACUAUGAAAGUUUUCUGGUUGCCUUUGCAAGCUCCCCCUGGGAUCCUGACUGAUUCUUGCAGCACUGAGUCUCUAGAAGGUAAGAGGAACGUUAGGGCACCAAAUGUGCAACUGCCAAGUGCUCUGGUUACAAUCCCUGGCAGGAAGGAUACGAUAAUACCUAACCUUGACCCGAUUUUCACACUUUCUCCCUUGUGUCGUAUCCUCAGCCAUUUUUACUCCCUGCUUUUCCAUCAUAUAUUUACAGAUCUAUUUUACCUUAAAAACUUGUAUGCAUAUGGGCACACAUGAACACACACACACCUCCAUGCACUAAAAGUAUAAUCAUAGUUUGCUUCUGUCCAGCUCCUCCUCUUCCCAUUGCUCCCAUCUUCUAGACCUAGGAAAUAGCUAAGACACAAGACGCUGGAAUCUGGAGACCUGAAAGACCUAGGUUUGAUAUCUAGCCCUGCCACUGUGCACCCUCAGAUAAGUCACUCAACCUUACUGGACUUGAGUUUCUUUAUCUGCAAAUUGGAGAUAAUAGUGAUUGCUAUGUCCCAGGGUCAUUUUAAGGCUCUCAUAAGUUAAUGACUGUUCAGUACAUAUGUACACAAAACAUGCCUGGAAAUACUUUGUAAAUUACAUAGCACAGUGAAAUUGUGAGGUGGCUGCAUUUGCUCCAUGCUCACUAGUGCCUUCUCCUCCGUGGCCACUGCUCCUCAAGGGACGCCCCUCUCAGCCAUGACAGUGACUAGAAUCAUCUCCCUUGAAAAUAAAGUCUUUGGGGCAGCGCCUGUGGCUCAAGGAGUAGGGCGCCGGUCCCAUAUGCCGGAGGUGGCGGGUUCAAACCCAGCCCCAGCCAAAACCACAAAAAAAAAAAAAAAAAGAAAAUAAGGUCUUUGUCAGGUUCCCCUCAAAUCCCAGCAGGAACUUGCAAAAGCCCUCUGGUGUCCCAGAUUUGGAGGAUAUUUGAAAAAGCAAAAGAUUUAAAUUUAAGUUUCUACUUCAAGAAAUUGGAAAAAGAAGAGCAAAAUAAAUCCAAAGUAAGCAAAAAGUAGAAGAUAAUAAAAAUAAAGCAGAAGUGAAAAAAACUAAGAACAACAUGGAUGGAGCUGGAACAUAUUCUUCUUAAUAGAGUAUCUCAAGAAUGGAAGAAAAAGUAUCCAAUGUACUCAGCCCUACUAUGAAACUAAUUUAUAGCUUUCAUAUGAAAGCUAUAACCCAAUUAUAGCCUAAGAAUAUGGGUAAAGGGGAGAGGGAGGGGAGGGGAGAGACUCAGAAGUGACCUAUGAAGAAACGGAGCAUGGGGCAUCCAUUUUCUUGGGGCUAGUGUAGAAUUGGAAGCAGCAUAUUUCUAUUCCUUUUUUUUUUUUUUUCUGUUUUUGGUCAGGACUGGAUUUGAACCUGCCACCUCCAGCAUAUGGGGCCAGCACUCCACUCCUUUGAGCCACAGGCGCCACCCGGAAGCAGCAUAUUUCUGGGGUUAGCAGGAGUAGCAACAUCCUGACUGUGACAGAGACCAUGUGAUUCAGGGCUUGCGAGGAUGGAGGGAGCAGUUUCCUGACUUCAGCUGAGGACCCUCCCCCAACCCCAACCAGGCACUGUCCUGGAGUCAGCUCCAUCCCCCUUGUCAUUCUAGUUCUGUGGUGCAGCUUGAGUUGUUCCUGAAAUCCCAGCCUAUAGCUUAUUCCUUUAGCCUAGUGUUUCUCAACCUUCCUAAUGCUGCGAUCCUUUAAUACAGUUCCUCAUGUUGUGGAAAGAUAAAAUUAUUUUCAUUGCUACUUCAUAACUGUAAUUUUGCUACUGUUAUGAAUCAUAAUGUAAAUAUCUGAUAUGCAGUAUGUAUUUUCAUUGUUACAAAGGGGUCACGACCCACAGGUUGAGAACCGCUACUCUAGCCAUUUCAACAUUUUGGUGCAUUUCUAGCAAAUCCCUUCCUGCUUAAAUUAGCUAGAGUGCUGUGGGAGACCAAGAUAUGCCACCUCAAAAUAGGCUUCUUUGGCAAUUUUCAUUGGUUAUUCAGAGAAACUACAGACAGGAAUAGCUCUGACAAGCUAUCCUUUUGUAAAGGAAAUUUACAGCUAUCUAUGUUAGUGUAGCAAACAGAAGAUCUAGGAAGAGGCUUUCUCCAGAGUUCCCCUUAUCCAUGUCCAGGAAAGUGUAACUCACAGGAAAAGAGACUAAAGGUCCGACAUUUUUAAAGGUUUGACAGAGAAGCCUUUGCCACAGGCUGCCAUCUGUUCUUUCUGGGGACUGCUGCCUGAGAACCUCGUCUGCAUAACAAGGCAGCCCUUGUUCCCGUUACAUCUUCAAUUUAUGAUGGGGUCUUCAGGAUGUUGUCCCACCUUAAAUCAAGGAGCAUCUGUGUAGUGUUUACGACAGGUCUUGGCAUGAGUGCUAUUUUCCUUUAAAAAAAAAAAAAAAAGCCAAGUGGCGCCUGUGGCUCAAGGAGUAGGGCACCGGUCCCAUAUGCUGGAGGUGGCGGGUUCAAACCCAGCCCUGGCCAAAAACCACAAAAAAAAAAAAAAAAAAAAAAAAAAAGCCCUCUUACCUAUGCCUAUUCUUCUCCUUCCCACUACCACUGUCUGUGUGUCGUUUGUCAUCUUCAUCUCCAGAGGGACAUCCUCAAGGUUCUUCCUGAUGCCAAUUCUCCCCUGUCCAGCCUCUUCCAUGUGCUGUGGCUACCACAUUCCAUAUACGGUGGCUAUACGUGGAUCUCCCUAAUCACUGAGGCGAUUCCAUCCCAUUGCCCACAGAGAGCUCCUUAAUAACCAACAGGAUGAAACACUACCUUGGUGUAAAGAAAAGAUCUAACCCGGUGUUCUGCCCUCUCCACAUUCCUUAAACCUGACCUUCUCCAGCCCUUGGGGCUCUGCCUGACUACUCAUUGGCAUUUUUAUUUUAUUCUUAUUUUUUGAGAAGGAAAAAGAAGUUUAUUAAUUUGCUGACAAAUGAGGAGUCAGCACCAUCUCACAGCACCAGUAUCCUUAAUGCUCAAUUUUAAAGAAAAACUUAUAAUGUCCUUCUAAUUUCAGUUAACUUGAUCACACUCAAAAUUCCUUUCAGAUUAUAUUCCACAAACCUUCUACAACUUUCUUCAGUUUUAUCCUAUACUGUUAAGACAGAACCAGAAGGCUCUCUCUGCUCUAAAGAGUUGUAAGCUCUGAAUCAAGGUCUCUGAUAAGACAGGAGGUGGUGGAGAAACUAACCCCAAACCAGCUAGAACCAAGAUGGCCACAAAAAAUCUCAUUUGCAUUUUUAAUCCUGCACAGCAGGACCACCGUUAACUGUUCACAUGUGUACAUCUUCCUUCCCCGAAUAGACAGAAAGCUCCUGAAGGUCAGAGAGCUUGUACUUCCUGGGCCAGGCAUCAACAAAUGACCAUGAAUUGGUUAUGUAUUUACAACUCCCAUUCAGACUCUUACUGGAGCAAGCUUAAUAGUUUCCUUCCCUUUCUUACAACUGAAACUGUGUAAUUUUAAAACCAAAAGCAAAGAGCCAGAGUGACAGGUGAGUUUGUACCUUCUAUGAGACAUUACGGCAGAAGGAAGAGUCCAGUUGCAGACGUAGGGGCAACAGCUCUGCCAUUAACAAGCAGGAUGUCCAGUGAGGCUCACGAACCUCCCUCACACCUCACUUCUGAGUCUGCAAAAUGAGGACAUUAGCAAAGCUCCACAUUCUCCUUAGGCUUAAACAUUCUGUGCCAAAUCUCUAAAAGGGUGGAUUUGGGAAACUAAUUUUUAAAUUGAUUGCGCAGUGUGGAGUUAUUGUGUGAAGAAUUAAACUGCUGUCCGUAACAAUUCAUUUCCUGAGUUUAGUUCAUUGUAAACCAAUACUAAUCAAGCACCAUUUAGUCUGCAGUACCCUGCAGAGUGCUGUGGAGACACAGAAGUGGUAUCUCACAGGAUUCAAGGCCUUUAGGAUUUUGUUAUACAAUCAGUGUUUGUUAUAUAAUAAAACCUCACCAAGUUCAUGAUCCAGCAAAUUACUUUGCUUACAUAAAACUUCUGUAAAAUAAAGUUCUAUGUGAAUCAUUUCAUAUAAUCCUGAUGUGAGCUAAAUGUUUUGUGUAUCAUUUCCAUGUUAUUUGAAACACACACACAUACUGUA